UGCCUAGGGGCAAUCAUUAUGGGUUAAGCAAAAAGCAAUUUCCAGUGGGCUCAUUUUCAUUGGAUUUCUGAAAGGAGAAACAAGAAUUACUAAUGUUUUUCCUGGAAAUUUAGGAAGGCAGCCGUCGCAUUAUGAAAACAUAAGGAACAAUUGUUAUCUGUACCAACUGGCAAGUGAAGACAACAACAGGCUACCCAACUACUUCUGAUUUGUGUGUGCAAAGACACUCCCAUUUGUCUGCAAUGGAAUAUGACUUACACAGGAAGAAGAAAGUCACAUCCGUUUUGAAAGCCAGCCCUUACACAGUGCAUGAUCGUGUUGAAUUUGCUGAGCUUACGAAACGUUUCUCAAAAGAUUUUAAGGAAAAAAUAACCAACCCUCUUCAUUUUGAAAUCUGCUGGGGCUCUCCGUUCAAGCUGCGGCAUGUGACAACUCUUUUGAAAGUCCAAAUCCCUUCUCUACAAUCAUUAGAGACCGAGAGGAUUUUGGAACGCCAGAGACUUGAGAAAUCUGAACUCCAACGCAAAGUUUCAUGGGGUGGAAAGGCUGAACUAAAACGCAAGAUCUUUUUGGAGAGAAGACCACUGCCCCCUAGUGGUUCUGACUAGAACUUGUUUACCUCUGUAUAUGUAUUUGUGGUGUAUUUCUCUGAGUAACUGUGGUCCAGCUGGUGACUGAAUCAACAUAAUAGCAGAAUGAACACAAGCAGGCUAGCAAAAUGAUUUUCUGCAACUAUAAGUUGAUCGCAUGUAUCUACUAACAUCAUGUUACAUUACAAAAGAAAGAAAACAGGCCAUUAAUUCCUAAAGGUUCUCUAUAGGACAGGACUGUCAAACUUGCGGCCGACGGGCAGAAUGCGCCAUGUGCUGGCCGUGCCCCCGCCCGGUUUAGCGAAGGGGAAAAAAAGUCCCGAUACGUCACGUGACACCGCUUUGGCGACGCGAGUUUGACACCCCUGCUAUAGGAGGAAGGCAUGAGAAGUUGGUUUCUGGUUCAUCCGCAAUUCUUGAGUUCCCAAGCUGCUUCUGCCACAUCCAAGAAGUAAAUGAGAAGCUUUAAUUGAAUUUCAAUUAAACUCUGUUUAGCAAUA